CGCUUUCACUCGCCGCGUGGUUGUGCAAAGAGGAGGCUAUCACGGCGCCCGUGACGGGACUCUCAGUAUUCGCCGGAGAGUCGUUGAAGAUACGUGUUUCUUCUCGAUUUUAUCCGCGCGGUCAGUGUAACAUCUGAGAGAGUAAGAGAGAAAGCGAGAAACAAAGAAAAAAGGGGAAGAAGAGAGAAAAAGUAGUAAUUUGUGUGAGCGAUCGGGAGAAUUUUCACCGAAUUAUAUCUUCUUCUUCUUCUUCGUGUCGCGCCGCGCCGCGCCGAAAGCGACAGCGAAGAACGUGCGGGACCGCGGCGUGCGCGGGUCUAAGGCACGCGAUUGUAAGAGCGAAGACAUAGACGUGCGAGUCGAAAGGGUGACAGAAAUGGUGACAGUCGGCUGGCUCAGAGGCAGCCUGGUACUGCUGUGUAUAUUGGUUAUCGUGGUGCCGGCACUAUUGUCGACGGUCAGCCAGUUCGAUAUUUCUGAAUACGUCUAUGGGAUAGAUCAUGAUUUGCAGGCGAGAACACGCUCGGCCAUCGAGGCGGAGAGAUUCGCUUAUCGAUCACGAGCAAACAGAAUACAAUCGAUCAACGCAACAUGUAGAGUUCGAUCAGAAAGGCCCUGUCCACCGAGCAAGUACAGAACACCAUCCGGUGUUUGCAAUAAUGUGAGACACCCUGCCUGGGGUGCCAGAGGCUCCCCGUUCCUCAAAUUAUUGCCAUCGGAAUAUUCGGAUGGCAUCUCGAGACCACGUCAAUCGGUGGGUACUCACAGUCUACCUGCGCCAAGCGACAUCGUCUCCCAUGUUCUGCAAUCCUCCCCUAAAAUAAGAAGUCACGAGGGUUUGACUAGCCUCUCCGGUGUGUGGUCGGAGCUGGUGUUGCAGGAUAUCGCCGCUACAGUGCGUUCCGCGGGUCCCGAGGAUAAAUGCUGCUCCGGUGUGCAUCAGCAUCCGGAGUGCUACGAGAUGCGCGACGAAAGAUUCGGCUGCAGAGCCUACUGGCGAUCGGUGCCGAGUUUAACGGUGCACGGCUGCCAAUUCGAAACGAGGGAGCAAAUGAACGGCGUCUCGGCGUACUUAGACGGCUCCGGUAUUUACGGUGCCACCGACGACAAGCUGCAUCUGCUCAGGACCUAUGACGACGGCAGAGUCAACUUGAGUUCCUGCGAAUUGUGCAGUGGGAACGAUUGGAACACGCUCGGCCUGUUGCAUCGGGUUUUUUUACGCGAGCAUAAUCGCGUGGCGGAAAAACUGGCGGAGGCGAACGUGCACUGGGAUGACACAAAGCUCUUUUUAGAGGCACGCCGCAUCGUCGUCGCGCAGCUUCAGCACGUCACCCUCAACGAAUACGUGCCGGCGAUAUUGCGAGAAGUCGCACAGGUCGACCACGAGCUCAGACCACUCGCAAACGGCUUCUACGCUGGCUACUCUUCGUCCAACAAAGCGGGUACCUAUCAAGCAGUUGCACUGGCAGCUCUGCGUAUUCUCGUUUGGACGCGUGCUGAUAAAAUGAGCGACCUGGAAAGUCACGUUACCACUUCCGCCAAUGGUAUCAGUCUCGCAGCCGCCCCGGACGCGGCUGCCUGGGCCAUGCACGUUGCGCGAGAUCACGGAGUGCCUGGAUACAUCAAGUUCCUAGCUGACUGUUUAGGAGAGAACGUUAGAAUCGAAAACUUUACGGAUCUGGUACAAGUAAUGUCACUUGAGAACGCACAGCUGCUAAGUACGAUUUACGCGAAUGUGGAGGAUGUGGAUCUUCUUGUGGGUGGUAUUCUGGAGACUCCGACCACAGGCGUCGCUGUGGGACCAACGUUUGAGUGUCUUCUUAAGAAGCAAUUUGUGACAAUACGGAAUUCCGAUCGCUUCUGGUACGAGAACGACAUCCCUCCAUCAGGACUGACACCGACACAGUUGUUCGAGAUCAGAAAGGUGUCUCUCGCCAGUAUUCUGUGCGCCAACACCAACAUCCGCAGGAUCCAACCGAGAGUAUUCAUCCGACAGGACCAAUAUCUGAACAGCAGAAUCAAUUGCGAACAGUACGAAUCCCUGAACAUCGCGGCAUGGACCGAGGACCCGUUGCCACUUCCUGUAAUGCAAUAUAACUCGGUAAACACAAGUACGGACGAACCGACGCAGCUUCUGCCGGAGAUCAGUCCCGAGGUGCUCGCUGCCGCCGUGAAGAGAGCGGAGGAGGAGCUGAUCGAGCGAAAGCAAUUGGAGUAUAAUGCCUGGUUGGAGCAAAGAGUUGCUGACCCAAAAUCGGCUGCCGGUACCGCGGCCAGUUUCUCUAAAGCCAACAAGGACGCUCUACUACUCGCCAAUUCGUCCAUCAUGUACGAAUUGGCUACAAAUGAAAUUCUGAAUGGCGCACACGGUCUUCGACGUAGGAGACGUCAGGUCUUCGAGAAUACGGAAAACGUCCUAGGAUUCCCUAACACGAACGAGUUCUCCGAUCUUCUACAGAAUGUCGAUAUCUCCGGCUUCCUGAAUCACCAUCACAAGCCAACGAAUCACGAGGAGGUCGAGUGUCCCGUAGAUAAUUCCGCAUGCGAUCCAACUACGCCCUACCGGACUCUGUCAGGUCAUUGCAACAAUCUGCGCAAUCCCACUCUUGGCAAGUCGCUGACAACUUUCGCCCGUCUGUUGCCGCCUGCUUACGAAGACGGCGUUUCCAAACCGAGAAGCACUUCCGUUACCGGUGCCCCGUUGCCGAACCCCCGUGUUAUCUCUACUGUGAUUCAUCCCGACAUAUCGAAUUUGCACAAUCGCUAUACGCUGAUGGUGAUGCAGUUUGCGCAAUUCCUGGAUCAUGACCUGACGAUGACACCCAUACAUAAAGGCUUUGCGGAGUCGAUUCCCAGCUGUCGAUCGUGCGACUCGCCACGCACCGUUCAUCCCGAGUGCAAUCCGUUCCCCGUGCCGCCGGGCGACCACUUUUAUCCCACUGUGAACGUCUCGUCGGGUGCACGAAUGUGCUUUCCGUCGAUGAGAUCGUUGCCUGGCCAGCAACAUCUAGGUCCGCGCGAACAGGUCAAUCAGAAUACCGGUUUCCUGGAUGCGUCGGUGGUCUACGGUGAGAACUCGUGUAUCUGCAAUAUAUUGCGCGGCUUCAAUGGCCGCAUGAACAUCACGUCAAACCCACGUCGCGGCAGAGAUCUAUUGCCGCAAUCGCGAACGCACCCGGAGUGCAAGGCGCGAUCGGGAUUGUGCUUCAUCGGUGGUGAUGGCCGCGCUUCGGAGCAACCGGCACUGGCAGUUAUGCACACUAUGUGGAUACGCGAGCACAAUCGUGUGAUGGAAGGUUUGCGGCAGGUGAAUGCCCAUUGGGAUGGGGAGAAGCUAUUCCAAGAGACACGACGCAUCAUUAGCGCAAUGCUGCAACACAUCACGUACAACGAGUUUCUGCCGAGGAUUCUUGGCUGGAACGCCGUCAGCCUGUAUGGUCUCAAGCUGUUGCCCCAAGGCUACUACAAGGAAUACUCGCCCACCUGCAAUCCUAGUGUGCUCAACGAGUUCGCCACCGCGGCCUUCCGUAUCGGCCAUUCCUUGUUGCGACCUCACUUGCCGCGUAUGGAUCGCAACUAUCAGAACAUCGAUCCUCCUAUCUUGCUGCGUGAUGGCUUCUUCAAUCCGGACAUGCUUUAUCAGGAAAACAUGAUUGACGAGAUGAUACGUGGUCUAAUAACCACACCGAUGGAGACGUUGGAUCAGUUUAUCACCGGCGAGGUGACCAAUCACUUAUUCGAGCAACGUGGUAUUCCGCACUCCGGCGUGGAUUUGAUAGCUCUGAACAUUCAUCGGGCGCGUGACCAUGGAUUGCCAUCAUAUAAUCACUACAGAGCGCUCUGUAAUUUGAAAAAGGCCACCUCCUUUGAGGAUUUAUCCAGAGAAAUGGCGCCGGAAGUGAUAGCUCGUAUGAAACGUAUAUACGCCUCCGUGGACGACAUCGAUCUCUUCGACAUCGAUCUCUUCCCGGGCGGCAUGAGCGAGCGACCGCUUCAGGGUGGCUUGGUCGGACCCACCUUCGCCUGUAUCAUCGCUAUCCAGUUCAGACAGUCGAGGAAGUGCGAUCGUUUCUGGUACGAAACUGACGAUCCAAACAUCCGCUUUAAUGAGCACCAGAUGUCAGAGGUUCGCAAGACCACGUUAGCCAAGGUGAUGUGCGAGAACAUGGACCACCAGACGGACAUGCAGAGAGCGGCGUUUGAUCUACCCAGUAAUUUCUUAAAUCCACGUGUACCAUGCGGUUCUAUGCCCCAUAUGGACUUUGCCGCCUGGCGAGAGACCAGACAUGGCUGUCAGAUCGGCGGGAGAAACGUCGCGGUCGGCGAGUCUGGCUUCCCUACGCCUUGCACUAGCUGCGUUUGCACUAACGAAGGCACACAAUGCGCUUCAUUGAGAGUCACGGACUGCAAUCAACUUCUACGAGAGGCUUCUCGAGAAGCGAUUUUGCGGGACGAUGUAUGCACCGCUCAAUGCGGUUUCGUGCUGGCAGCCUCUGAGAGUAACGCGAGGCUACAACAGUUUACUACGCCUAGCGGCUCGGGUUUCUCCGGUUUCCCGCCACAUACGAACAAUCUGAGAAGUUCGCCGACGCCAACCUCGUUCAACGGUUUCAAGCUGCCCGACCUUUCGCAAUUCAUUGGCUGAAUAGAAAAAGAUGGAAAACCAUAAAAUUCAUAAUUCUUUGUUUACUGAUUAUUGUAUUGUAUGCAGGAAACACUGCCCUUACUUCGAGAGACUGUACGACAAACGCGAUUCCAAAAUUUCAUAACCGAUCAGUCGUGCUCAAAGCUCAAUACUAUCAAUAAGAAAAAACAAAUAAAUACAGCGGACAGAGGAGGCGAGAUAGUAUGUUUUGAACAUACGUAUGACGUAAGAGAUACUUAAUGGAAGAUAAAAGCAAGAGUACCUGUCGGCGUGUAAAUAUAGAUGAUAAGGCGCAAGUAUUUAGUUCAUCGAAGAAGAGCGAGAUCGCAUCGUCGAAAAACAAAAGAGAGCAAGAAGACACGCAAACGGAUAUGGAACUUCUUGGAUUAGGGAGUAGUUAUAAGGCGUUUUUAAGACACAUGGAAUCAUUUCAAAAUUUGUUUUGAAUAUUAUUCGAAAUAGAAAAAUUGUUGAAAGUCUCGAAUAUUGUUGAAAACUUCUCUUAAAUGUUUCGAAAGUAUAUUUGUUCUCUUUUAAUACUUUACGUUAUUAUAUUUUAUUCCAUAAUUUUGUAUAUAUAGAUAGGAAUUUUAUUUUCAAAAAUUUUUAAUGUUUCGAUAUUCUUCUUUAAAAGGGUUUUCUAAACAUUUAAGAGUUUCAAGACUUUUUAAUUUUUUAAUUAGAUUUUUUAAGAUUUUUCAGUUUCGAAUAAUAUCUAUAUUCACGAAGCAAUUUAAAUCUUAUUUAAAUCUUUAUGUAAUUGGAUUAUAUCUUUUUAAAAAAGAGAAUUAGAGCGUUUAUCAUUACAGAAAUAAUGCACUAGAUAAAUGCGCAUGCAAGCAAGUCUUGCUGCAGUGGAUUGUCGCGCUGUACAUGACGUGGUGAUAUUAUUUUACCACGGAAAUUAAGAUUGAGAAUGAUUAUAUAGCAUGUCAAAAUGAACAGGCGACAUCAUGUGUGCUGUGUGAUACGUGUCAGCGUCACGUAUCGAUAUUUCAUAUGUUUGAAUGACGGACGGUAUCGGCUCGGAAGAAAUGCAAAUGCAACGUUCGUUACGAACUUGUCUUUCUUUCUCUCGUUACACCUCUACCUAAUUUUGUAUUAUAAUAACGUGACAUGUAUAAUGUUAAUAAAUGUUAAUAUUUCUUUUU